UGCGGGUCCAGCUCCUAAGGCCACCUGGUCUCUCUGCCCCUCCCAGCUGGGACACUGCACGGAGUCCCUGUGUUAUCCAGGUGCCUGGGUCUUGGCUUAGGGCUGAGGCUGGGGCAUUGGGAAGGGUUUGGAUUCCAAGUCACUUCGCUGUAAGGAUGCCCCCCAAGGGCGAGGAGGGCCAAGAUUAAGAUUCUACUUCCUUCGCUAGGAUCUUUGUCCAGGAGCUCCCUUUCUCUGGGAAUUGGGCGGGGGGUAGGGUACGACGUUCAUUUGUGGUCAGCUGGAUGAGCGGUAACUCUGCCAGCGCCCUUCGACAUCCUCGGCUAAACGGUGCGCCUCUCAGAGCCCAGCCCACCUGGGCCCUCUUGCCCUGCCUUCGGCCAGCGCCCCUCCCCCCGAGGCGUGGCCCCCCGGUCGGGGGUGGGGAGAGGGAGCCUAGGGCCAACCGGCUCCUUCCUUCCCCCACCGUCCUGGCUCCUGCCGGCCACCCAGGGACCGCAGCCACGUCUGAAAGCGCCUCAUUGUGUGCGCUCAGGGCGAGCAGCACCGGGCAGCGCCGAGGGUUGUGGGCCGGCGCACAGGGAGUAGAGGGUGCGGGCGGCAGUGCCAGGCUCCGGAGGGGGCUCUGCGUCGAGUGCCUCCCUGUGGCAGCCCCAGGACACCCCCACCCUCCACAUCCCAUUCUGGGACGGCUGCCCUGUUCCCAGAUUCGCUCUGCCUCGAGUCUCCAGGAGCUUCCAGUGGUUUGGUUCCCCUACUCCCAUCCAUGCCUCUUAGAGUCCCUUUCCUGGAGUCACGGGGUGUCCCGUCAUAGUCUAGGGACCUUAAGGAGCAAGUCAGCCCUGCAGACCCUUCAUUGAAGAGAAGGAGCUGGCUGUGCGGUGGAAUUUGGAAGAGACGACGUCUGGGAGCCUUCGCUGAGCCCAGAGAGAGAGGCGUCCCACUCCCUGCCGCGGCAGGUCGGGCAGAGACGCCAAGCUUUGGGGUGCUAAGGACCCUCCAAGCAUCUCCCAUGGAGUUGUGAUCAGCAUUGCAGCACUCCCAGCAGCCCUGGGCAGUGGGCCCCGGCAGUCAGCAUGUGGCUGCCGCGCGUUUCCAGCACAGCAGUGACCGCACUCCUCCUGGCGCAGACCUUCCUCCUCCUCUUUCUGAUCUCCCGGCCAGGGCCCUCAACCCGAGCGUGCGGUGAGGAGCGCGUGCACGUGCUGGUGCUGUCUUCGUGGCGUUCGGGUUCGUCCUUUGUCGGCCAGCUCUUCAGCCAGCACCCUGACGUCUUCUACCUGAUGGAGCCUGCAUGGCACGUGUGGACCACCCUGUCACAGGGCAGCGCCGCAACGCUGCACAUGGCCGUGCGCGACCUGGUGCGCUCCGUCUUCCUGUGUGACAUGGAUGUGUUUGAUGCCUAUCUGCCUUGGCGACGCAACCUGUCCGACCUCUUCCAGUGGGCCGUGAGCCGCGCAUUGUGCUCGCCACCCGCCUGUAGCGCCUUCCCCCGAGGCGCCAUCAGCAGUGAGGCCGUGUGCAAGCCGCUGUGCGCGCGGAGGCCCUUCAGCCUGGCCCAGGAGGCCUGCCGCUCCUACAGCCACGUGGUGCUCAAGGAGGUGCGCUUCUUCAACCUGCAGGUGCUCUACCCGCUGCUCAGUGACCCGGCGCUCAACCUGCGCAUUGUGCACCUGGUGCGCGACCCGCGGGCUGUGCUGCGCUCCCGGGAGGCGGCGGCCAAGGCUCUGGCGCGCGACAACGGCAUCGUGCUGGGCACCAAUGGCACGUGGGUGGAGGCCGACCCUGGCCUGCGGGUGGUGCGUGAGGUGUGCCGUAGCCAAGUCCGCAUCGCUGAAGCCGCCACACUCAAGCCGCCACCCUUCCUGCGUGGCCGCUACCGCCUGGUGCGCUUCGAAGACCUGGCGCGGGAGCCACUGGCAGAGAUCCGGGCACUCUACGCCUUCACCGGCCUGAGUCUCACGCCACAGCUUGAGGCCUGGAUCCACAACAUCACCCAUGGAUCUGGACCUGGUGCGCUUCGCGAAGCCUUCAAGACUUCGUCCAGGAAUGCGCUCAAUGUCUCCCAGGCCUGGCGCCGCACGCUGCCCUUCGCCAAGAUCCGCCGCGUGCAGGAACUGUGCACUGGUGCUCUGCAGCUGCUGGGCUACCGGCCCGUGUACUCUGAGGAUGAGCAGCGCGACCUCGACCUGGAUCUGGUGCUGCCACGAGGCCUGAACAGCUUCAUCUGGGCGUCGUCCACUGCCUCGCACCCCCGGCAUUAAUGGAGGCCACAGUUGUAGAGGUCACCAGGCCUGGAGUGGGGAGUGCAUUGUGCAGAGGUGGCUGGGGUGCACGGAGAAGCAGGUCCCUAUAUUGACCAAGGAGCUCGUGAUCCCCCCAUGAAGUAGGCAAGGACUGCCUGUUUCUUUCCACAUUCUCGGUUUUCCUUUGAGUCCUCUGGAGCUGCCUUUUCAUCAGGUGCACUCUUCGUGGACAGCAACUCUUGCCCCUACCUCUUCUGGGCACAGAGAGUGCAUUCAGAUGACUUAGCUCCCACUCAAGGGCUUUCUUCCUCUUUAACUUUCUCCUUCUGGGGACACAUCCUGCAGCAGCUGAGGGGGAGCCCUCGCACUGGCUGGGAGUGGAGAGGCACGGUGGUGAUAUGGCUGCGACAGUCUGUACAUCACAUCCACAGGCACACAUGCAAGCUUGGCCAAACUCAGAAGUGAAAGGACUUGUCCAAAAUCACAUGGUUAGAAGGAGGAUGAAGGGAGGAGAGAGCUUUUUCUCUGGGGCUCCAGUGGAGAGGAGAGAACCUGCCUCCUGGGUGAGAAGGGUCAGAUUUUCCCAUUUUAAUUGCUUUAGGGAAGAGCAGGCAGAGUCAUGGCCAGGGACACAGCUGAGCGAUAGAGGAGGCUGUGAAUGCCGAGACCAGAGCUUGUCAUACUGGACAAGCCUGGAGGGAGGCAGUAAGUGGGAAAGGUGAGAAGGGGCUGGGGAGGCCUGGGCAGCAAGCCAGGCAUAGGGCCUGGCAGAGCAAGAGAGGGGCAGCAGGAUCAGUGCCUGGAAGGCAGGGGCGGCCAGUCGGUCAUGGGGAGUGGAACUCAUCAGGCUUGCUGAGAGGUUGGAAGAGAAAUGGCUCUGGGCUGGAUCUGUCUUCCAUUGGUUCUUCUGGGCCAGGCCUUGGAGGAGAGCAGAGGAAGAUCCCUGCCUGCGAGCCACAUCACCUAGCUCUGGCGGCAAAGGGGCUUAGUAAAGGGAUGCUGGAUGUGUAAAGGGCUUAGUCCCGAGCUCAGGAAAUGAGAGCUCAAAAAAGCAAAAA